UCUGCUUAUAAAGCAUCAUUGCAAGCUUCCGCUUUAAGUCCUAGUCGGUCUUUACGUCCCAUACACAGUUCACAACACUAUUACAGAGCUCAGGUUUAGGCAUUGAAGGGUUCAGAAUUGCAGUUACAUUUUGAGCGUAUCCCUCCGCCGGGCGUUGGGAGGUCGGCGGCUAGUUUGUGAGGGAGGGAGUGUGGGUGCGGUAUCCUUGCGCGCGGAGGAGGCGGGGCGGUGGCUGUGGCAGAAGCUGUCGCUCCGGAUUGCAGAAGCUGCUCACCCGUUUCCGCCAUUGCGGCUUCUGACUGAGAGGCACCCAGCUUACGGACGGGGAAGUUGUUUAUAAGAGACGCAGAAAGACAAAACAAAAUCAAACCCAAAACAUUGCCCCUAUCUUUAUUGGUUUUCUUCCUCCCCUUUACCUUAUAAUCCCAAGUGUGAGUAAGGCGGCCGGCGAAAGACAGGAGGUGACAGCGGGAGGCAAAGAAGAAGGAGACCGGAAUCAACAUGGCUCAGAUCCUACCCAUCCGCUUCCAGGAGCACCUGCAGCUCCAGAAUCUGGGAAUUAACCCAGCCAACAUCGGCUUCAGCACCCUCACCAUGGAGUCUGACAAAUUCAUCUGCAUCAGGGAGAAAGUAGGAGAACAGGCCCAGGUGGUAAUCAUUGAUAUGAAUGACCCCAGCAACCCUAUUCGAAGACCCAUUUCCGCAGAUAAUGCUAUCAUGAAUCCAGCCAGCAAGGUCAUUGCUCUGAAAGCUGGGAAAACCCUUCAGAUAUUCAACAUUGAAAUGAAAAGUAAAAUGAAGGCUCACACCAUGACAGAUGAUGUCACCUUUUGGAAAUGGAUCUCUUUGAACACUGUUGCCCUGGUUACCGACAAUGCAGUCUAUCAUUGGAGCAUGGAGGGCGAAUCUCAGCCAGUUAAGGUGUUCGACCGUCAUUCCAGCCUUGCUGGGUGCCAGAUUAUUAAUUACCGAACAGAUGCGAAGCAAAAGUGGCUGCUCCUGACAGGAAUAUCUGCCCAGCAAAAUCGUGUUGUUGGAGCCAUGCAGCUUUACUCUGUGGACAGAAAAGUUUCACAGCCUAUCGAGGGACAUGCGGCCAGUUUUGCUCAGUUCAAAAUGGAAGGCAAUGCUGAAGAAUCAACAUUGUUUUGCUUUGCUGUAAGGGGUCAAGCCGGUGGCAAGUUGCACAUCAUUGAAGUUGGGACACCACCUACAGGAAACCAACCAUUCCCAAAGAAAGCUGUAGAUGUCUUCUUUCCUCCAGAAGCCCAAAAUGAUUUUCCAGUUGCCAUGCAGAUAAGCAGUAAGCAUGAUGUGGUUUUUCUGAUAACAAAGUAUGGGUACAUUCAUCUUUACGAUCUGGAAACUGGCACCUGUAUCUACAUGAACAGGAUCAGCGGAGAAACCAUAUUUGUUACUGCCCCCCAUGAGGCCACUGCCGGAAUUAUUGGUGUAAACAGAAAGGGUCAGGUUCUUUCAGUAUGUGUCGAAGAGGAGAACAUCAUACCGUACAUCACCAAUGUCCUACAGAACCCUGACUUGGCUUUGCGAAUGGCUGUUCGAAACAACCUGGCUGGAGCGGAAGAACUUUUUGCUCGCAAAUUCAAUGCUCUCUUUGCACAGGGAAAUUAUUCAGAGGCUGCAAAAGUGGCUGCAAAUGCACCAAAGGGAAUCCUACGUACGCCUGACACUAUACGGCGUUUCCAAAGUGUUCCUGCUCAGCCUGGUCAAACAUCUCCUCUGCUCCAAUAUUUUGGCAUUCUCUUGGAUCAAGGUCAGCUUAAUAAGUAUGAAUCAUUGGAGCUCUGCAGGCCUGUACUUCAGCAAGGGCGCAAGCAGCUUCUGGAGAAAUGGCUUAAAGAGGAUAAGCUGGAGUGUUCAGAAGAACUGGGAGAUCUUGUGAAAUCUGUGGACCCUACCUUAGCCCUGAGUGUCUAUUUGAGGGCUAAUGUUCCAAACAAGGUUAUUCAGUGCUUUGCAGAGACUGGACAGGUUCAGAAGAUUGUUCUGUAUGCUAAAAAGGUUGGUUAUACUCCAGACUGGAUUUUCCUUCUGAGAAAUGUCAUGAGAAUUAACCCUGACCAAGGACAGCAGUUUGCUCAAAUGUUGGUCCAGGAUGAAGAGCCGCUUGCUGAUAUCACCCAAAUUGUGGAUGUGUUUAUGGAAUACAAUCUUAUCCAGCAGUGUACUGCUUUCUUGCUGGAUGCUUUGAAAAACAAUCGUCCAACAGAGGGCCCACUGCAGACUCGUCUGCUUGAGAUGAACCUAAUGCAUGCUCCUCAGGUUGCAGAUGCUAUUUUGGGCAACCAAAUGUUUACUCAUUAUGACCGCGCUCACAUCGCCCAGCUCUGCGAGAAAGCAGGCCUCCUUCAGAGAGCUCUGGAGCACUUCACUGAUUUAUAUGAUAUCAAGCGGGCAGUAGUCCACACUCAUCUUCUCAAUCCAGAGUGGCUUGUGAAUUAUUUUGGCUCGCUAUCCGUUGAGGACUCUCUUGAAUGCUUACGAGCAAUGCUUUCUGCAAACAUCAGGCAGAACCUUCAGAUAUGUGUACAGGUCGCUUCCAAGUACCACGAACAGCUCUCCACUCAGUCCCUCAUUGAACUUUUUGAAUCUUUCAAAAGCUUUGAAGGGCUAUUCUACUUUCUUGGAUCAAUCGUCAACUUUAGCCAGGAUCCUGAUGUCCAUUUCAAAUACAUCCAGGCCGCUUGCAAAACUGGGCAAAUCAAGGAGGUGGAGAGAAUUUGCAGAGAAAGCAACUGUUACGACCCAGAGAGGGUGAAGAAUUUCCUGAAGGAAGCUAAGCUAACAGACCAACUGCCUUUGAUAAUUGUUUGUGACCGUUUUGACUUUGUCCAUGAUCUUGUGCUGUAUCUGUACAGAAACAACUUACAGAAGUACAUCGAGAUUUAUGUACAAAAGGUGAAUCCGAGUCGUUUGCCAGUUGUUAUUGGAGGCUUACUCGAUGUGGACUGCUCUGAAGAUGUUAUCAAAAACCUUAUCCUUGUUGUUAGAGGUCAAUUCUCCACUGAUGAGCUGGUUGCUGAAGUCGAGAAAAGAAAUAGGUUGAAACUGCUGCUGCCAUGGCUGGAAUCUCGAAUCCAUGAGGGAUGUGAGGAGCCUGCCACUCAUAACGCAUUAGCUAAAAUCUACAUCGACAGCAACAAUAAUCCCGAACGAUUUCUUCGCGAGAACCCAUACUAUGACAGCAGAGUGGUUGGAAAAUAUUGUGAGAAGAGAGACCCACAUCUGGCAUGUGUGGCAUAUGAACGUGGCCAAUGUGAUCUGGAGCUAAUAAAUGUUUGCAAUGAAAAUUCUCUCUUCAAAAGCUUGUCACGAUACCUCGUACGUCGCAAGGAUCCUGAAUUGUGGGCUAGUGUCUUGUUGGAAAGCAAUCCAUACAGGAGGCCUCUGAUAGAUCAGGUUGUACAAACGGCAUUGUCUGAAACCCAGGACCCAGAAGAAGUGUCUGUAACGGUAAAAGCAUUUAUGACGGCAGACCUUCCCAAUGAGCUCAUUGAGCUUCUAGAGAAGAUUGUUUUGGACAAUUCUGUCUUCAGUGAGCACAGAAAUCUGCAGAAUCUCUUGAUCUUGACUGCAAUUAAAGCUGACCGCACCAGAGUCAUGGAGUACAUCAACCGCCUGGAUAACUAUGAUGCCCCGGAUAUUGCAAACAUCGCCAUCAGUAACGAGCUCUACGAGGAGGCAUUUGCCAUAUUUAGGAAAUUUGAUGUCAACACCUCAGCUGUACAGGUUUUGAUUGAGCAUAUCGGGAAUUUGGAUCGUGCCUAUGAGUUUGCUGAGCGCUGCAAUGAACCAGCUGUUUGGAGCCAGCUCGCUAAAGCCCAGUUGCAGAAGGGCAUGGUGAAGGAAGCCAUUGAUUCUUACAUUAAAGCAGAUGAUCCAUCUUCUUACAUGGAAGUUGUACAGGCCGCCAAUGCCAGUGGGAACUGGGAAGAGUUGGUUAAGUACCUGCAGAUGGCAAGAAAGAAGGCACGAGAAUCGUAUGUAGAAACAGAGCUUAUCUUCGCUCUUGCCAAAACCAACCGUCUCACAGAACUUGAGGAGUUCAUAAACGGACCAAACAAUGCUCACAUUCAACAAGUUGGUGACCGCUGCUACGAUGAAAAAAUGUAUGAUGCUGCUAAGCUCCUCUAUAACAACGUCUCCAACUUUGGUCGUUUGGCAUCCACGCUGGUUCACCUGGGAGAGUACCAAGCUGCUGUGGAUGGGGCCCGCAAGGCAAACAGCACUCGUACCUGGAAAGAGGUUUGCUUCGCUUGUGUUGAUGGCAAAGAAUUCCGUCUGGCUCAGAUGUGCGGCCUUCACAUUGUUGUACAUGCAGAUGAACUGGAGGAACUAAUAAAUUAUUACCAGGAUCGUGGGUACUUUGAAGAACUUAUCACCAUGCUGGAGGCAGCCCUGGGCCUGGAGCGUGCACAUAUGGGCAUGUUCACAGAGCUAGCAAUUCUGUAUUCCAAAUUCAAGCCACAAAAAAUGAGGGAGCACUUGGAACUGUUCUGGUCGAGAGUCAAUAUUCCUAAGGUGCUGAGAGCGGCUGAACAAGCUCAUCUAUGGGCAGAGUUGGUGUUCCUUUACGACAAAUACGAAGAAUACGAUAAUGCCAUUAUCACGAUGAUGAGUCACCCCACAGAUGCAUGGAAAGAAGGGCAAUUUAAAGACAUCAUAACAAAGGUGGCCAAUGUUGAGCUGUAUUACAGAGCAAUCCAAUUUUAUUUGGAGUUCAAGCCACUGUUGUUGAACGAUCUCCUAAUGGUAUUGUCUCCAAGGUUAGACCAUACCCGUGCAGUCAACUACUUCAGCAAGGUGAAGCAGCUACCACUGGUUAAACCAUAUCUGCGUUCUGUUCAGAAUCAUAACAAUAAGUCUGUCAACGAGGCUCUAAACAACCUAUUCAUUACUGAAGAAGAUUACCAGGCGCUUCGCACAUCAAUAGAUGCGUACGACAACUUUGAUAAUAUUUCUCUGGCUCAACGCUUGGAGAAACACGAGCUGAUUGAGUUUCGGCGAAUUGCUGCUUACCUCUUCAAAGGCAAUAACCGCUGGAAACAGAGUGUGGAGCUUUGCAAGAAGGACAGACUUUACAAGGAUGCUAUGCAGUAUGCCUCCGAAUCCAAAGAUACAGAGCUGGCCGAGGAACUUCUACAAUGGUUUUUGUUGGAAGAUAAAAAAGAAUGCUUUGCCGCGUGUCUCUUCACAUGCUAUGACCUGCUGAGGCCAGAUGUGGUGAUGGAAACGGCUUGGAGGCACAACAUUAUGGAUUUUGCCAUGCCCUACUUCAUCCAGGUCAUGAGAGAGUACUUAAGCAAGGUUGAUAAAUUAGAUGCGUCAGAAUCCCUAAGGAAAGAAGAGGAGCAAGCUACAGAGACACAGCCCAUUGUUUAUGGCCAACCACAGCUGAUGUUGACUGCAGGACCCAGCGUUGCAGUACCUCCUCAAGCUCCGUAUGGCUAUGGCUAUGCUGCCCCUGCCUACGGGCAGCCCCAACCUGGUUUUGGAUAUACCAUGUAAUACAAAAGAGCUACAACCUCUGAACCUGGGCUAUUUUUCUUACUGAAACUCCACCGUCCCUCUUCUGCCUCUCAAUCCAUAACAGGGGAAAGCUGCAGAGUUCUGCUGCACGUUCUCAAACCCUUUGUUUCAUGAAGGACAAUUUUUUUUUUCUAUGGCAUAUUUGGAUCACACUUCCAUUAAUUCUUUUGUUUUCACAUUCCAUAUUCUCUAGAAUGAAACUGUUUAUUUCGAUGAGAAUAGUUUUUUGAAUGCUUUGUUUUAAGUGGGCUUUUGUUUCUUUUAAUAUUUUAUUUUUGUGGACUGCUCUUUAAGAACCUGUCCAAUAUCAGGGGCAUUGCAGAGCAAUGUUUUGCUGUCCCCCUGCUGUUGAAGAGGUUCGUGCUAACCACUUCACCCCUUUUCCAGCAUCUGCAAUGCAUUACAAAGAGGUAUGGUGUAGACGUUCUGGCAGCGAAGGGGUUAACAAUGUUAGCAGUAUCGUGGAAAAUCUUUGAUUUGCACUCUGUAGUGUUAGAAAAAGAAAACAACUUAAUAUUGACUCUCAAAUUGAUGUAUGUGAGCAGCUUAUGUACUGUCUUAUCUAAAUACAUAUAAAUCAAAUUGUAUAUUCAGAAAAAAAAAAGUUUCUAUUACCACAUGCAAGACUGCCGAUGGCAAAAGAACACUAAUCUGCGUUAUCUACACCACUUUAUUGCGCAAAACUAUGAAAUUCCGCAACGUACAAGUCAACUUUGCGUAAGAGAAGUACUCCAGUUGUGCAAGGGAAUGUCCGUUUACGCGUAUAUGGUAUGCUAGUGUGUAGCUCACUCCGUAAUGAACAGAUGGCCCUAUGUUGUGCUGUACCCUGUGCUUUUUUUUGUGGGACCAUUUCAUUCAGGAACAAAGAAGGCACCAUGAUUCCAGUCUGUGUACUACCCACUUCAAUCCCCACUGAGGUUUGUGUAUGUUGGAUAUUGUAGUGUUCUUAGGUCACUGUUUUGGGUGUACAGAGGAGAGAAUUUAAGCAACAACAACAGAAUAAAACGCUGUUCAGUUUUGUUUGUGCAACUUGAAAUGACAAAUUUAAAAGAAAAUAAAUGAAAUAAAAUUACUGGACUGUGGACAUAUUAUA